AUGGGGAAUCCAAGGGGUUUGGGGCUCCAUUUCAUUUUCGUAUGUGCUUUUCUGUUUGCAGGAGCUAGAUUUACAACUUGUUUGGGUGAUGGAAAUAUGAGUGUGAUUUGCUCUGAGCAAGAACGACUUGCUCUUUUCAAGUUCAAACAGAGUGUCAAAGAUUUUUCUGGAAUGUUGUCAUCGUGGGUUGGCAAUGAUUGUUGCCUGUGGGAAGGAGUCCACUGUGAAGACGCAUACGUUGAGAGCCUUCAUCUCAGAGGAUGUUGGAGAUAUAAAGAGAGCAACGAUGACUGCUACUUAAGUGGUGAUGAGGUGAACCCUUCUUUGGAAGAUUUAAGGCAUCUCAAAUACUUGGACUUGAGUGGGAAUGAUUUUCAAGGAAGUCGGAUCCCAAAGUUCUUUACAUCCUUGAAACAACUGACAUACCUCAAUCUCUCUCAUGCUGGUUUUGAAGGUAUUAUUUCUCCUUAUAUUGGAAAUCUUUCUGAUUUAAAGGUUCUUGAUCUCAGUUCAAAUGGAGGUCUGAAGGCAGAUGACAUGGCAUGGACCUCUGGCCUUUCGUUGCUUGAGUAUCUCGACUUGAGUGAAGUAGAUCUUGGCAGAGUAAAAAACAGGGACAUGGUGUUUUACAUGAUUCCUUCGUUAGAAGUGUUAAGUUUGUCAUGGUGUAGUCUUUCCAAUGCUGACUUUGGUCCUUUUGUUAAUUCAAGUAGAAUACUUCCCAACAUCAAACACUUGGAUCUUAGCGAAAAUUCUUUCCAAGGUUGUGGGCUCGAUACAACACAUCUAUCUUCUCCUCAUUUUAAUUUCAGUAGACUUUCAAACAUCCAACACUUGAUCCUUAGCGAAAAUUCAAUUGAAGGUGUAUUUCCACCUGUUUUCACAAACAUGAGCUCCCUAAGAGUCCUUGACCUCUCGGGAAACUUGUUGAAUUCAUCGGUUCCUGUUAUGCCCAACCUUCUAGAUCUUGAUCUUUCGGAUAACCGGUUUAAGCAGAUUAAGGAUGUUGGGAUCUGGACACACUGUCACCUAAAACAAUUGCAUGCUUCGUUCAAUCAUUUUGAAAUAACAAUGAUGGACUCACCAAAAAACUUAUCAGAGUGCUCCCAGUAUGCUUUGGAAUGGUUGGAUUUACGUUCGUGUUCAAAUGUUACAAUUCCAGAGCCACUUGGAAGACUGCCUAAUUUAAGAGGGAUAGAUCUAUCGAGCAGCGGAUUGGUUGGCUCAAUCCCCGAAUCUUUAGGAAGAUUAAGAUUUUUACAAGUUUUGAAUCUAUCGUGCAAUAGAUUGACAGGCGAAAUCCCUGAAUCUCUUGGAAGAUUAAGAUAUUUAGAAGUAUUAGAUCUCUCUGAUAACAAGUUAACCGGUCAAAUUCCCUCAUUCCUUGGGAAUCUUUCUAAACUUGACCUUUCUUCUAAUCAAUUGAAUGGGACUAUUCCAGCUGCAAUUGGGAAACUUUUCAAACUCCAUUCUCUAGAUUUCUCUAAUAAUUCUUUAGAAGGAGUAGUUUCUGAAGCCCAUUUUGUGGACCUUUCAAUGUUGAAGUACUUGGAUGCUUCUUUUAACACCAAGUUGACAUUCAAUGUUUCAAGUGACUGGAUGCCUCCAUUUCAGUUGGUAACUCUUCGACUCCGUUCUUGUAAUAUCACAAACGGAUUUCCACAGUGGCUUCGAAAUCAAAGGAAACUUUACGAGUUGGUGUUGUCAAAUGCUUCAAUUUCGGGACCUCUGCCCACAUGGAUGCGGAAGAUGCCCAUCAUUCCUCAGUUAGAUCUCUCUCACAACCAACUCAACGGACCUUUAACAAAUCUUCCCAAUGGGGCAACUUAUGGCUUGUUUGGUCCUUCUCCGGUAUUAUUUCUUGGAAAUAACUUUUUCAAUGACUUGAUUCCAACAUCAUUAUGCAGAAGGACAGAUUUGGAUUAUCUCGAUCUUUCCAAAAAUAACUUAACAGGUAAAAUUCCCAAGUGUCUUGAGAAGCUGGAAAGGUUGUAUGCGAUGAUACUUAGCUCAAAUCAAUUUUCCGGUGUCAUUCCGAGUUUUGUAGGUUUUGGUUCAUUAACUCGGUUAAGGUUGAAUGACAAUAAGUUUACUGGUGAAAUUCCUCGAGAACUGGGGAAUUUACGAUAUCUAAAUAUCUUAGAUCUCGGUGAUAAUAAACUGUCGGGAAAUAUACCCAAAUGGGUAGGGGAAGAACUUACAUAUUUGGCAGUUUUGAGGUUACGCAAAAAUAACUUCACAGGAAGAAUUCCUCAGUCUUUGUGCAAUGUUUCAAAUCUUCAAAUUUUGGAUGUUGCACACAACAACUUAAAGGGACACAUCCCUCGUUGUCUUGGAGAGUUGAUUGCCAUGGUUAAUAACAGCGGAUCUGGACAAAUGGGUAGCUUGUUCGACUAUGAUGAGAUAAAUGUUGAUCAGGUCAUGAAAGGUGUUGAUCUUGAAUAUACAAGAACUUGGUAUAUGGUUUUCAACAUGGACCUUUCCAGCAAUCAACUUGUUGGAGAAAUACCUGUCGAGCUAACUGCACUUUCCAUGUUGGGGGGUCUUAAUUUGUCCAAUAAUCAUCUCAGUGGGGGUAUUCCAGAUACCAUAGGAAACAUGAAGAAGUUAGAAUCUCUCGAUUUAUCUGGAAAUGAGUUGACAGGGGUGAUCCCUCCGAGCAUGGCAGAUUUGACUUUUUUGAGCCAUUUGAAUUUGUCAGACAACAACUUGUCGGGACGAAUUCCAACAGGAAGACAACUGCAGACCCUCACUGAUCCAUCGAUAUAUGAAGGGAACAAAGAUCUCUGUGGAUCUCCAUUGCCUAAGAAUUGCUCAAAUCCCAGAGAAGACCCAACAACAACAACAACAAGCAAGAAGAAACAAGAAGCAGUUGAUGAGAAGACUAAGGUAUGGUUGUUUUACGUGGACAUAAUAUGUGGGUUUGCAACAGGGUUUUGGGGUGUUAUCGGAGUUAUUCUGUUCAAGAAGCAGUGGAGAUGGAACCUUUUCAUGUUUGUUGAGAAAACCAUGGACAAGAUAUAUGUUGCGGUUGUGGUAAGAGUUAACAAGAUCAAGAGAGGAAGACAAGUCACAUAG